UUGUUAUCCGUGGGGACAGGAACACAGGAAAGACGACCCUUUGGCACCGACUCCAGGGAAAGAAGUUUAUUGAGGAAUAUAUUCCUACUCAGGAGAUCCAAGUCACCAGCAUCCACUGGAACUAUAAAACCACUGAUGAUAUUGUAAAAGUUGAAGUCUGGGAUGUGGUUGACAAAGGUCAAAAAGUCCUCCAGCGUGAUCCUUUGGGAAAAUGCAAAAAACGAGGAGAUGGUUUGAAACUGGAGAAUGACCCUCAGGAGGCAGAGUCAGAGAUGGCUCUGGAUGCAGAAUUUUUGGAUGUGUAUAAAAACUGCAAUGGAGUAGUGAUGAUGUUUGACAUCACCAAACAGUGGACAUUUAACUACAUAUUGAGGGAGCUUCCUAAAGUGCCGACUCAUGUUCCAGUGUGUGUGCUUGGGAAUUACCGAGAUAUGGGAGAGCAUCGGGUUAUCCUACCUGAUGAUGUGCGGGAUUUCAUUGACAACCUAAACAGACCUCCUGGCUCCUCAUAUUUUCGCUAUGCUGAAUCUUCUAUGAAGAACAGCUUUGGCCUGAAGUACCUGCACAAAUUCUUCAAUAUCCCAUUCCUACAGCUGCAGAGGGAGACAUUGCUACGGCAGCUGGAGACAAAUCAGCUAGAUAUUGAUGCAACGCUGGAAGAACUCUCAGUGCAGCAAGAGACAGAGGACCAAAACUACGAACUCUUCCUUGAGAUGAUGGAAGCCCGAAGUCGAGGGCACGCAUCCCCGCUGACAACCAACGGACAGAGCCCUUCCUCUGGCUCCCAGUCACCCAUAGUACCUCCAAGUUCCACAUCAACUGGCAGUUCCAGUCCGGGGACCCCUCAGCAGCCACUGUCUCAGCAGCCACCCCCCAACCCAGCAGUAUCCCCUGAGCCCCCGUCAUCUUUUUCACCAGUGCCUGCACCAGAGAAUCAGCCACCACAUGUACCACCCCCAGCCACAGCGUCCCCAGCACUUCCAGCUGCAGCCCCACCACAGAAGCGCAGUAUUAUCUCCCGCCUCUUUGGGACUUCUCCAGCAUCAGAGGCUUCUCCUCCCCAACCAGAUGCUGCUGCCACUGCUGCUCCCCCUCCUGAAGUCCCUGUAAAAGUGCAGAGUGUGGAGGACUUUGUUCCUGAUGACAGCCUAGACCACAGCUUCCUGGAGGACCCAACCCCUCAGAAAGACAAGAGAAAGACUCAGGCUAAAGACCGUAAUGAUAGUGAAAGUGAUGGGGAGGCACCUGGAGGGAACCCUAUGGUGGCUGGUUUCCAAGAUGAUCUGGAUCUAGAUGACAAGAUGCCCAGCAUGCCACUCCAGGCCAAAGAGCUUGUACCAAGCAAAAAUAUCACCCUGUCAAGUGAGGAGGAGGAGGAGGAGGAGGAGGCAGCGGCAAACUCUAAGGUCAUCAUCAUGGCUGAUGAAGAUAUUGACAUGGAACGCGAGAAAAAAUGGUCUUCCAGAAAUUCCUUGAAACCACAGCAUGAAGCAGCUUCCACCAAAGCACCGGACUCAAAGCCUCCAGGCACUUUACCUCCACGUUCUGGGUCUGACAAAAAUGGUGGCAGUAAGCUCACCACUGCUCUGCCUGCCCCUGUUACAGCUGUUCUUGCACCUAUUGCAUCAGUUCAGAGCCAAAAGACCACUUCCCAGAACAAGGGGUCCACCCCCAAACAAAAAGGGGUCAAAGAAGAAAAGCCUGAGGAAUCUGACAGUGAUCACGAAGGACCAAUAGCCACCCAAAUGCUUUCAUUCGUUAUGGAUGACCCAGACUUUGAGAGUGAGGAGUCUGACAGUCAGAAGAAGAAAACGGAUGAGUUCCCAGUCCGAGAAGAUCUUUCGGAUAUCUCUGAUGAAGAUGCCUCAUUGGCAAGACCCCCACAGCCUGUGAAGCCUGCAAUCCACUCAUUUAAACUGAAGAAUGACUCGGACCUAUUCGGCUUGGGCUUAGAAGAAACUGGUACAAAGGAGAGCAGUGACGAAAAUAAAGAGAAGCAAUCUUCCAAGGAGAAAAAGAAGAAGAAAAAGAAGACUAAAGAGGAAGAGGAGAAGUCUGUGAAGAAGAAAAACAAACACAAGAAGAGCAAGGAGAAGGAGGAGAGCAAAGAUGAGAAGAAGAAGAAAAAGAAGAAAAGCAAGGAGAAAAACAAUGAGCUAGAUGAACUGGAGGCCUUUUUGGGAGGUGGAGCUAGCACCAGCAAGCAGCAAGGGGGUGGGGACUAUGAGGAGCUGUAGGCUUGUCAUGUGUGCAGUCGGCAGACUCUUCUCUCAGUGGCUAUCACCUUCUCUUCUGAGCCACGCCAGGACAGGGGCAGAUGUAGAAAGCUUUGACCAAUUGCGGUCAGUUCUAGCGGAGCAGAGGCGGCAGAAGGAAAGCUUUACAUCUGCGUACACUGUUCUGGGGCAGUGGCUGCUUGGAAAGAACAUGCAGUCAUGGCAGACUUGUGUAAGGUGACAGGUCGAGGUAUGGCAGUGUGGCAGCAGGUGUUACCAUCCCCACAUCUGGUGCAUAGCCCUCUUUCUUUUCUCCAGAGAAUCCAGGCUGGGGGUGGGGAGGUGAAGGUGAGGGGACCUACUUCUGACUCCCCCCAGCAUAUUCCACUGCUGCACACUUGACAUUCCUGUCUGAAUAAAUGAAUGAAGCAAACCAUGCCGCAUGAAAGCAUCGCACUCUCACCUUGUGACUAAUCAAGUCUCUUAACUUUUUAUCCUUCCUAUUUUUUUAAUGACAAAGCUGGUGUUGGCCUUUGCCCCGUCAGGCAAUUGACAAGCUUUAAAUUGAGCAGACACCAUUAUUGUACAGCUUGUAAUGCAGCAGCCACAGGGCCAGAAACAAGAGAGAGUGGAAUCCUUCUGGAAGGGAUGUUUCUGCGCAGCAGCUUCAUGAACUCUCACUGGUGCUGCUGUUGAAAUCCAUGCAAGCCCCAUUGAUUUCCAUGGCCCCAGUGUCUUUGACACUACACGUAAGCUGCUAUGCAGUUUGGGAAGACAAUGCAAAGCUAUCUUUAAAAAGAGAAACAAAACAAAAUGCUUUUCCUGAUAUCCCACCCGGGCCUUGAAUUUGCUUACACUAGAACUCCAGCCCUACAGUACCUCUCAGGGACAUGACUACCGGAUAGUAAAGAAGAAAGCCAGAGCUUCAAAAUGGUUUACAGAAAAGUGUUAGCAUGGCAAGGCAUUCACGUCUCAGGCAUUUUACACUCGUGCUGUAAGAUGGCUGCCUCCCCCCACAGAGUGAGGAAACGAUUGAGGCUGGGGACAGUGUCCCUCAUUCAGUCAAGUUCUGCAGACACCAAAAGCCAGGUUUACUCGGCUGAGCCUCCCAGCAGUUAGUGACCCCUUCCUUGCCCAGAGGACAGAGCCUCCUUGUCACAUGAAUUUUCAAUGGCUUUUAUUUUGGGCCUAGGAACUCAGAGCUGUGUACCAAGGCAUGUUCAGCAGCAUGGGUCAUAGAUGGUUAUCAGUACCAUUGGCCUGCUAUCCUUGUCCGUGCAGCCCGUGCGUUUUUAAGGAGCCAGUUAGUAUGCCUGCCCUGCUAACUCUGUGUUCUUGUCUCCCUCCAAGGCCCAUCCUAGUGAAGCAUUUCCACAUUUUUACGUAUGCAUUCAUUUGAUGCUUGUGGGUUGGUUUCUCCCCUCCUCCCUCUUUCAGUUAUGAAAUGUGGAUUGUGAAAUCCAAACUGCACUUUCCAUCUACUUUCCCUUGAAGCAAGAUGGUACUUUGGAUCCAUCCUCUACUUCAGAGUUGCCUUGAACAGCAAAUAGUUGCUCCAUACUUAUCCCUUUCCUCCCCGCCACGCCCCUCCCCCCGGAAUGCACUUGUGAUGGUUUAUAUGUACAACAAACCAGGGUCUUGCUGCAUGAGCAGAAUUAUUGUUUCCACUUCGUUUUCUGUUCAAGGCAUUUUUGUUUCAUGUGACACUUUUAGGGAAUUUGCAUGGGACAUGUCAACCUUCACCUGCUGGGGAGGAAAAAUCUCAUCCCAAUGCAAAACAGUUCACAGCCUCUUCUCCAUCCAAAAAAGGAAUCAAGAUGUUGGAGCUACAGCUGGCCACCUUCUUGAAAGUGUUUCUGUUCUGUAAAGAAUUUGGGUCAUGUUCCAUUUUGCAUUGGAAAACCUGGUGCACUCCAUUCUGAUUAUAAAGCUCUCUGGUGUACAAUUGCCUCUGUACAUUUUCUUAUCCAUGAUAAACUCUUGCCUAUUAGAAAUGAGACUGCAUGGCCUCCCAGGACCAGUGCGCCAGGGGUGGGGGGUUAGUAACUCUGUCCCUUCCUGAUCACUCUUUAACUAUUGCAUUUUCGUAAAGGGGCCACAAGGUCAAAAGUUGGUUUUAAAAAAUCCUCCUUGCAUGUGUGUGCUAAACACAUGAGAUUAUUAAACCUGCAAAUUUAAACUCUGGCUCUUUAGCAGUUCUGCGGUUUGUUCAGACACUGCAUUUCUCUCACCUGGGAUGAUGCCAAUAAACAAAUUGUUUUCAGGCUCCUUUAUAAACAGUUCCUAAGGGAUUCUACUUGCACACUAAUACACAAAGCUGUACUUUUGUACAUCGAAAAAAGUUUCUGGGGCUUUGGUAUUUGUGUCGGUGAGGGUUUUCCUAAAUCUAAGUAUUGACCAAAUCUAACCUGCCAGCAGUCCCUUUUAUUUUCCUUACAGCCAGGGUCUCAGCCCCAAAUGUGGUGUCAACACUGGGAGGAUUAAAACAAAAAGAAGGAAUUGGGAGUCAUCACCAGGGAUCAGUGUUUUCUAUUCGCCGCAUAAAAUGUGGUUAAACUCAGAUUUUUCUCAGUUUGAGAAAAACCCGGAUCUCCUCAGGUUGGGGAAAAAAAUAACAACUCGGGAAACAGUGGGUUUCCUCUUGCAGGCUGACAAUUCCAGCCUGCAAGGGGCUGGGGAGAGCGGGAGAAGGGCGACCAGCAGGGGGUACCAUGUGCA